GAAGCAAAAGAAAUGUGGUCACGGGCCGCGAGUGUGCGAUUUCGGGCCCCGCUGGACGCGGGCCGAAGCUUUGCUUCCAAAGCGAAUCCACAGGGAAAGGUCCAGGCGGCGGGGCUGGGGACCCAGGCUCCACGUCUCGUCCCCCAGGGCAGCGGUCGCGUGUCCCCCGCGGUAAUCGAGCAUCUGGAGCGACUGGCGCUGGUGAACUUCGGCAGCCGCGAGGCGGUGGACCGGCUAGAGAAAGCCAUCGCCUUUGCGGAUCAGCUGCACGCCGUGGACACUGACGGUGUGGAGCCCCUAGAGUCGGUACUGGAGGACAGAUGUCUCUACUUGAGAUCUGACAAUGUUGCAGAAGGCAGCUGUGCUGAAGAACUACUACAGAAUUCCAAUCACGUUGUGGAGGAAUACUUUGUGGCCCCCCCAGGUAAUAUUUCCUUGCCAGACAUGGUAAACAAGAUUCCUUCUUCCACAGCAGAGUAGCUAUUCUGGGGAAGGGGCACCCUGUCAACAUGGUGGACUCACAAGGGUGGUCAUUUGCUACUGUGAACUCUAUCUAGUAUAAACUGGAUUUACAGUUUCUUGGUAAUUGAUCCGAAGACAACUGGACAACACCCAGCUAGCAGAAAACCACAAGCCUGCUUCCAAGGAAAUGGAUCAAAUACUCAGACUCAUUCUGUCUGAAAAACAACUUCCUCCCUCCUCUGCCCCUAAAAAACACUACCUUGUCAAAAUAUCUAUGUGGACUUUUCUGUUUAGGUGUAAGAGACAGAUGACCUGAGAUGAAGAGACAAAUCAGUUCUUUUUAGUUGCUUUCCCACUGGCUUCAGAGCCAGCACAUCACCAUCUGUUUCUGGGUACCUACCUUAUGCCUACCAGAGGGCUCGUUUUAUGGAUAUGUUUGAGUAGUAUCAAAGUAAACUACAGCCGGGAACUCCUAAUUCAGAACCAUCUUUCUUUCUCAGAAGGCCAUCCAACCUCCACCUUGCACUCAGUCCAUGAACAACAUACACACAUACACACACACACACACACACACACACACACAGUAUACGUGAACACCCAACCCCCACACACAUACCAUGCAAUAUGAACACCAGCCAAAUAGUUCCUUUCUGAAAAGAGAACUUGUUAAAAAUAGCCCUAGGCCCGUCUUCAUUCUUUCUCUUCCCUUUAUCUGCAAUGUCUGUGUCCCACACACACACCCUUUUCUUGUUGCUCAGAUAGGCCUCUCUGUACAUCAGGCUGGCCUUGAGCACACAGCUAUCUUCCUGCUACAGCCUCCCAAGCACAGGGGUUGGAGGCCUGAGCCACCUCAGUGAACUCCUAUUAUGGAGAGUUCAGUUUACAAUGCCAGAUCUGAAUUGUAAGAACUCCGAGUCUGGGUCAGAGAUCCCUCAGUCAUUCAGAGACCUUCCUAUCCCAGGUAUGGUGGCUCCGUGUCUUUCAUUUCAUUCCAACACUUGGGAGGCAAAAGCCAACAGAUCCCUGAGUUCAAGGCUAGCCUGGUCUACAGAGCCAGAAUUAUUCUGAGAAACCCUCUCUGGAAAAGAAAAUGGAAAGAAAGAAAAACAUCAAACCAAAGAAACAAACCCUCCUGUUCUUCAUCCUGAGCUGAGUCGGGCUCUGGUGCCCACCUCAACUCAAGGUGACCCAUGACCUCCUGCAAUUCCAGCUCCACAGGGGUUGAUGCUGUCUUUCUGGCCUCUGUAGGCACUAACACACACGCGGCAUAAACAUGUAAAUAAAAACCAACCUUUAAAAUAAAAAAAACAGAGUC